AUGGUACUUAAGGUCUUCUUUCCGUCAUGCUGCUCCUUGGCAGAAAGUGGCAUUUUAAUCGGCCGCUGGAUCUCGGAACAGAACUCUGCCGUUAUCCUUGCCGUGGUUCAUUUCCCCUUUAUUCCUGCCCAGGUGAAGCAGUAUCUCAGUGAAGUGCAGCGAGUGACUAAAGUCAAUGUUUCUGUGCUCGGCUCCUGGAGCAACAGCAAACAGGAGAAGGAAGAGAGUCUGAGUAAGUUCUUGGAAGACCUGGGGACAAUAUUCACCCAUGAGCCAUGGAUUCAGAUAAGCAAAGAGGGAGACAGCAAAUUCUGGAGCUGUUCCACCCUUCAGAAGCACUCGAACAACCCCAAGGAGGAAGAAAUCAUCUUGGUGUACUAUGACCAGCGCAAAGUCAUGCUUUCCCAUCUGCAUCCCCCUCUGGACACAGCCACCUCCACUGACCACACCGCAGAUGACACUUCAAAGCUCUCGGCCAUCUUCGACACCGUUGCGAGGAGUAAGGUGCUGUUCAUGACAGACAGGUACGACGAUGGACCCAUCAAGCUCACCCACUGGCAGUCGGACGGCGUUGAGGCCAGUAUCAUCGUGGAGCUGCUGAAGCAGGCAGCUGUGCCUGCGUGCAUGCUGCUGACGUUCCUGCUGUCACUGAUCGCUGGGGUCUGCAGGAGCAGGGUGCUGAAGGUCUGGCCUUUGUCUUUCUUAUGGAGCAAACUCUCAACUUGUGAGCAGCUGGGACAUCGCCUGCAGCACCUCCAGCUCAUCAGCAGCAACAAGAAGGCUCAGACCCAGGCUCAGCUAAUGAGGAAAGCCAACAUCUUUGUCUCUCUGCUGAUUGAUGUGGCUCUGGGGAUACUGCUGAUGUCCUGGCUGUACAGAAAGAACCGAAUUGGGCACCUGGCUGAUGCUCUCAUCCCCGUGGCUGAUCACGUAGCUGAAGAGCUCCAGGACCUGCUCCAGUGGCUAAUGGGAGCACCAGCUGGACUGAAAAUGAACCGAGCGCUGGAUCAGGUGUUGGGCCGCUUCUUCCUUUACCACAUCCAUCUUUGGAUUAGCUACAUCCACCUGCUGUCCCCCUUCAUUGAGAUGAUCCUCUGGUACGUCGGUCUGUCGGCGUGCCUGGGCCUGACCGUGGCUCUCUGCAUCCUCUCCGACAUCAUCGCGCUUCUCACCUUCCACAUCUACUGCUUCUAUGUGUACGGAGCCAGGCUCUACUGCCUGAAGAUUUACGGCCUGUCAUCUCUCUGGCGCUUGUUCCGUGGGAAGAAGUGGAAUGUCCUCCGGCAGCGGGUGGAUUCCUGCUCCUAUGACUUGGACCAGUUAUUUAUUGGCACUUUGCUAUUUACAAUCCUGCUGUUCCUCCUGCCUACCACUGCGCUGUAUUAUUUGGUGUUUACCCUGCUGCGAUUGCUGGUGGUGAUUGUCCAAGGCCUGAUACACUUGCUGGUUGACCUGAUCGACUCUCUGCCUCUUUAUUCCAUCAUCCUUCGGCUCUGCAGAUCCUACAGACUCGCAGCUGGUGUGAAGUUCAGAGUCCUUGAGCAGCAGGAUGGAAAACCUCUUCGACUCCUUAUGCAGAUCAACCCUCUGUCAUACGGCAGUGUGGUCCGGACAUACCGGCUGCCCACCUACAGCUGUUACCCCAAGGAUUCCUGGACAUCUCUCUGCAAGAAGCUGUUCCUUGGAGAGCUGAUCUACCCCUGGAAACACAAAGGAGAGAAGCAGGACUAAAGACCGCAAAAGAACUUGAAAGACUUGGUCAGAAAUACGUAUUGAAUCCUAAUGCUUUCGGACCAAAGGCAUCUCGGAGCCAGCAGCUGCUGGAUCCCUUUAAUUAGAUUUUGGUAACAUGGGAGGGGCUGAGUUUUUAAAGGCAAGUAUUUUUUAUACAUUAU